UGGUUUCAGUAUUAUUAUUAAGCACGAAACAUGAAGACAUCUUGGAGCUUUAGUUGCGGAGUUUUGCUCCUGUGUGGGAUUAUGUGCUCUGGCCAGAAUGUAACGAAAUCAAACAAUAGCCAGGACAUCAUCACAGUGAAGGUCUUGCCGCAGUCAAUAUCUUCAGAUCCUUCAACUGGUUCUUCCAGCUCAACCACCGCCACACCCACAGCCACAACUCCCAAACUAAAAUCCAAUCCUACAGCCAAGUCCGCCAUACAGGCUCACGAAAUCGAGGAGGAGGACGACGACUUCCACAACGAUCGUCUUCCCGCCUUAUCAGAGGAUGAGUACAACAACCUGAGUGAGGACGCCAAUCCGCUGCACUUCCUUAAGCAACAGCCCCUGGAUCUUGAAAAUGUGGAGCCGCAGCAGAAGCCUGAAUCUCAAACCGAGAGUAAGCCAGAUCCGCAAGUGAUGGCUCCACAAACCGCCGGCUCACCCAUCUACAUAACCAUUCCCAUUUACAUAAGCACGGGCGGUAAGCUGCCCAUUAGUUUGACCAUUGGAGAUCAGGAUUUGUCAUUGAAAAAGGAAAGCGGAUCUGGAUCCAGCAAGAAGAAUCACUCUACCAAAUCACCGAACUCGUUCUUCAAUCGCUUGCUGCAGCAGAUUGAGUCUCCCAAGAGACGAACCACCAAUCGCCAUCGCAGCCAACUCAAGAGUCACGUAUAUGCGAUGAAGGAGAUGGACAACCAGGGGAACAAGGAUGGCAAGAAACUCAAGAUUUUGCUUCAUAGCCCAAUGCAAUAA